UCGGUGACGUCACAGGACCAGGGAUGUCAUGGCGUCGCUGGAGCACAGACCGAAGCUGCAAUCUUGCUAAAAGCAGUCGUCGAUGUGUAACUCAAAAUGGAGAAAAAUGCAAACCUUCACCGGGAUGUAGGGGGAAGCUCUUUGUGCACGACUCUGCCCGGUGAGACGGGCGACAUAACGGCCGUCGGAGGGGUGAAAGGAAACAUAGAUGCCUGCAAAAAGAAAGACCCGUCGCUCAGUACUUUGGUUAGUAGUAACGUUAGUUCCAACGCCAGUAGUACUACAAUUGUUAGCCAUGCUAACGCCAUCUCGACCACAGAGAAAUCAGAUAUCGUGUCAGAAAUGACCGACUCGCGUUCGCUUCAGGACGGGAACGCACAGCCGAGUGGUUUGUCUGAAACCUUUACAUCCGAGCCGAAGGACCAGCUGAUUAACGGGAUGGAGCUCAACCCGCCCUCGGCUACGGGAAAUGAUCAGACUGCCACCUCAAAGUUAGUAAACAAGCCAGCGGAGGGUGAGCCUCCAGCGAUGGAAGCGCCAGCGGCUAGGAUUAUGCCCACUCUGCCCGCCGUGUCGGAAGGUGUGUCGGUGGAACAGGCCAAGCUGUCAAAGCCCACUCAGCUGGCUCCGGAAAACACUAACGAGGGGAAUGCUAGAGCGGGGGUCUCGGUUUCCUCCGAGCGAGCGGCCGUUUCCGAGGGUGCACCGAGUGGGAGUGACCACAGCAUCGCAGGUGAAUCCCGGAGCUUCGACUCGCUGGAAUCGUUCUCAAAUCUCAACUCCUGUCCAAGUUCUGAGCCCACCAGCGAAGGUUUGGAAGACAAAGGUCUUGCCCUCGCCCUGCAGAACGAGUACGGCCCGGACGGAGCCAAAGUGCCCGUCACCAAGGACCGAAGCGCCGGCCAGUCUAUUUAUCACAUCAAGUGGAUAAAGUGGAAAGAGGAAAACACUCCGAUCAUAACCCAGAACGAGAACGGCCCUUGUCCGCUCUUGGCCAUAAUGAACGUUCUUCUGUUGGCAUGGAAGGUGAAGAUGCCCCCAAUGAUGGAGAUCAUCACGGCCGAGCAGCUGAUGGAGUAUCUUGGUGACUACAUUCUGGAGGCGAAACCUAAGGAGAUCUCUGAAGCCCAGCGGCUCAACUAUGAGCAGAACAUGAGUGACGCCAUGGCGGUGCUCCACAAGCUGCAGACGGGACUGGACGUGAACGUCAAGUUCACCGGUGUGCGAGUGUUCGAGUACACGCCCGAGUGUAUCGUCUUCGACCUGCUGGACAUCCCGCUCUACCACGGCUGGCUGGUGGACCCACAGAUGGAGGAGAUCGUGAAGGCGGUGGGGAACUGCAGCUAUAACCAGCUGGUGGAGAAGAUCAUCUCCUGCAAGCAGGCCGACAGCAGCCACCUGGCCGGGGAAGGUUUGGUGGCGGAGCAGUUCCUGAACAGCACAGCGACCCAGCUCACCUACCACGGCCUGUGUGAACUCACCUCCAGCGUACAAGAGGGGGAGCUGUGUGUGUUCUUCAGGAACAACCAUUUCAGCACCAUGACCAAAUUCAAGGGGCAGCUGUAUUUGCUGGUGACUGACCAGGGCUUCCUAACGGAAGAGAAGGUUGUCUGGGAGAGUCUUCAUAAUGUGGACGGAGAUGGGAAUUUCUGCGACUCGGCGUUCCGCCUCCGACCGCCCUCGGACCCCGAGACCGUCUACCAUGGCCAGCAGGACCAGAUUGACCAGGACUACCUGAUGGCGUUGUCUCUGCAGCAGGAGCAGCAGGGGGAGCAGCUGCAGUGGGAUCAGUUCCCAGAGGGCCUGAGUGACCUGGAGCUGGCCAAGAAGCUGCAGGAGGAGGAGGACCGCCGCGCAUCACAGUACUACCAGGAGCAGGAGCAGGAGCAGGCACAGCAGCAGGCGCAGGCGGAGCAGCAGGCAGCAGGGGGCGACAUUGCGCAGCGCGGGGCCCCAGCAGUAGCCCCAGCAGCAGCAGCAGCAGCAGCAGGGUCGGGGCCCCCGGGGGCCGCUGGAGAUGGAGCCGCAGCAGGGGCCUCGGGGGCCCGCCGGAGCCCAGGGAAGCAGCCCUCGGCUGGGGACCGCAAGGCCCGCAAGGAGCCCAAGGACAAGGACAAGGACAAGGACAAGUGUGUGCUGCUGUAGCACCGGCCUAUGUUGCGGGCUUGUGUGUGUGUGUGUGUGAGUGUGUGUGUGCGCGUGCGCGUGCGCGUGCGCGUGUGUGUGUGUGUGUGUUUGUGUAUAUAUAUAUACAUGUGUAUGGAGAGAGACAUGACACAGGGGUUUGUGUAUGGCCCCACCCUCCAUAGACACACACACACACACAUAUGCACACACACACUUGAUGGAGUCAAAGUCGUCCCUUCCCAAGCCACCGGUGCCUCGCGGCCUUCCCCUGAACAGGAAGUGUCGCCAUGACAACUACCACUGCAUCUUUCCCACAGGAGGCCAAACGUUCCUCUGCUG